AACAAAGCUUGCACCCGAAACGUAAACAAAGCGGUUGACAACUCCGAGAAAACGAAAAAAAACCAACGUAAAAAAGGAUUGCUCUCUUGUCUGGUGCUGUGUCGUGUUGUUCGUCCUGUUUUCUGUGCUGUUUCCGAGAGAAAUACAGUACAAUUGUCUUUGCAUUUGCUUCUGCACCAGCUUUAAACCGUGUUCGCGUGUUGUCCCGGAAGUUUGUGUCUUCCGACGUGGAAGGAUGUGGGAUUCAUCGGUGUUUCUUAGCACACUGACUCCCAAAUUCUACGUAGCCCUUACCGGCACAUCUAGUCUCAUUUCCGGGCUGAUACUCAUAUUCGAAUGGUGGUACUUCCGCAAGUACGGAACGUCUUUCAUUGAACAAGUCUCUAUCAAUCACAUCAGUCCGUGGAUCAGUGGAAACGAUAAUGGCACCGACUCACCGGCCCCAACCAGUACGGGCGGCAACGGUGGAAGCAGUGGCAGCAGCGGAACUACGCAAAGCAUGCCCGAAUGUAAAGUGUGGCGCAAUCCACUCAACCUGUUCCGUGGCGCCGAGUAUCAGCGGUUUUAUUGGGCCACUCAGAAGGAACCGCUCACGUUUUACGACAUGAACCUGUCCGCACAAGACCAUCAGACGUUCUUCACCUGUGAGGGUGACGCCGGCAAGGCGGAGUACGAAAUCAUGCAAACGGCGUGGCGCGAACGGAACCCGGUCGUGCGGAUUAAGGCGGCUAAAAGUGCGCUCGAGCUCAACCCGGACUGUGCCCCGGCCUACAUACUGCUGGCGGAGGAAGAGGCGACCACGAUCGUGGAGGCCGAGAAGAUUCUGCGGACCGCACUGAAGGUGGCCGAAAGCAACUACAAGCGGUCGCAAACCUUCCAGCACCAGGGCACGAUUGCGGAGGGCAUCCAUCGGCGGGACACGAACGUGCUGAUCUACAUCAAGCGCCGGCUGGCCAUGUGUGCCCGCAAGCUGGGCAAGCUGAAGGAGGCGGUCAAGAUGUUCCGCGACCUCACCAAGGAGAUCUCGCCCAUCAUGAACGUGCUGAACAUCCACGAGAAUCUGCUCGAAGCGCUGCUGGAGAUGCAGGCGUACGCCGACUGUCAGGCGGUGCUGGCCAAGUACGACGACAUCUCGCUACCAAAGUCGGCCACCAUCUGCUACACGGCCGCGCUGCUAAAGGCGCGCGUAGUGGCCGAAAAGUUCUCGCCCGACGUGGCCUCCAAGCGCGGCCUCAGUCCGGCGGAAAUGAGUGCGGUCGAGGCCAUUCAUCGGGCGGUCGAGUUUAAUCCGCACGUGCCGAAGUAUUUGCUCGAGAUGAAGCAGCUCAUUCUGCCGCCCGAGCACAUCCUGAAGCGCGGCGACUCGGAGGCGCUGGCGUACGCGUUCUUCCAUCUGAGCCAUUGGAAGAACGUGGAGGGUGCGCUCAAUCUGCUACACUGCACCUGGGAGGGCACAUUCCGGAUGUUGCCGUACCCGCUCGAACGUGGCCAUCUGUUCUACCCGUACCCGACCUGCACCGAGUGUGCCGACCGUGAACUGCUGCCAGCCUUCCACGAGGUGUCCGUGUAUCCGAAGAAGGAGCUUCCGUUCUUCAUCCUCUUCACGGCUGGCCUCUGCUCGAUUACGGCCCUGCUGGCACUGCUCACCCACCAGUACCCGGAGUCGAUGGGUAUCUUUGCCAGCACGACGCUCGGCUGGUUCUCGCUGCCGUUUCACUUCGUGAAGGAACGCAUCGAGGCGAUCUGGCCGUGCAAUCUGCUACAACAGCUUUCGCGCAUUUAAAGUCCCUGACUUGGCUUCCGAAUUCCGUUUCGCGAUUUUUAUGCGGCCGGCCCUCGCUCCCGCGCUCUCUCUCUCUCUCUCGUUCCACCGUGGAAAAGCCCUUUCUUGCAGCUAUUGUCCCCACUGAACACUGGAUGCAGUACAAAGGAUAAGGUAAAAUCCGCAAGGAAUUGGGAACGGGCUGAGCGAAGGGCGCUAAGCGAGGGCAACUUAAUCCUGAGCAUUGUCGUACAGCACAAAAUUAGACGCCACACCGCUGCAAUCGCCCGGUGUUGUUUGCUCUAAUAGAUUUAUAUGGAUGAGUGUGUGUGUGUGUGUUUGUGUAUGUAAACGUAAGCCAGCCCGCUUGGACCCGCUAGGUCUCCACUUUUAUGUCGUUAGUUUCGUUCUCUGUCUCUGUGUGUGUGAUCGAAAACGUGUAUGAAGGUAAACAUUGAAUAAAGAUAAAAUUAUAAAUUAUUGAACCAGAUUGAAACAUUAAA